AUGGAGCGUUGUAGACGCCGAAUCAAACUGGCGGUCAUUGUGCUUCUGCGCCGGAUGAGCACACUCCUUCCAUACAGACUUUGCCGUGACGCAGAUGUGAGGCACAUCCGGCUGAGUCUGGAGACUGCCCUAGAAGCGAGUAGAUCCGGACUGGAUCGUCUCAGCUUAGAACUCGUCCUCUUUCAUGCUUCGUGCGAUGUGAAGGUCGGAGGGUUGACUCGGCCAAGUCUGAUUGGUCCAAUUGCAGGCUUAGGCGUGUGUCUGGCACAAUUAUGA